ACUUCUCUUUCAUCCACAGCCAGCACAUUUGUCACAGUUUUGAAAUGAUGCACUGCAGCACCUAACCAUUUCUGCUGCACUGUUAUUGACGUGUUAUCACACUAGCACCGCGCAAAACAAUUUCUAGAUUAAGGGAUUUCAAAUAUUGUGGCUGUGUAGUCUGUGGUGAGUCAUGAGUGUCAAGUACUGUUUAACAAUGGAUAUACUGUAGGUAAACGAAUGAAUGUGUGAGUGUACAAUUUGAUGUCAAUAGUGACUGUGUACUUUAACUGCAAAACAAACAUUCUCUUCUGGGUCAUGCCUGUUAGGUUGUCAAAUUUACGAAGAGAAGCUUAGGAGGGUAGUUUGACAGCGUAGAUGUAAAUGACUGUCAGAAGGGAUAAACAUAGCAAAACCAGCUUCAGAGAACAGUAUGUAAUUUUAUAAUAUCACUGGUUGAGAGAAAAGGCUUUGAUGAAGUUACUGAGGAGCCUGGGAAGAGCAAAUCUACGAAAGGCAAAAUGAAACCAGGGUGAGCGUUAAAAACAAUUAAAUUUUGGUGGUUGUAUACAUGAAGAUAAUAAUACAACCUGUCUGGAAGUCCAAAAUGACAGACCUUCAGUUGUACAAAAUCGCCAUUUUGAAUGGUAUUACCUGGUGAACAAGGUUUGUACUGAACCUCGCAAAGCAGAGGUCAUUCUGUAAUUCUGCCUUCGGAAAAGGUAAACCCUGUGUCGUCAUUCACAGGUCACAUGACACGGGGAAAUGCUCACGUCAUCAGUCGCACAGAGAAGGGUCAGAGCGAUUCAUUGUCUAAAACUCUUGUUGGCAUUAAUUGCUGAAAAAUGACAAAAUUACAAAUUUUGAACGCGUAUCUGACGGAGCGCUUAAUGGUGGCUGUGCGAGAGAUACUGGAGGUGGUGGGUGACACGGUGUCGGAAUAUCAGGAGGAAACAGCGCGAAUACACCGGGAGAACGAGGGUCUGAGGAGGAAGCUGCGGGAAGUCGUGAUCGAGGCAGAGACGGGCUGGACGGGAACAGGACAUGCUCUCUCUCUCUCCAUCCCUCCCUCCCUCUCUCCGGGAGCGGCGCUCCCUCUCUCCCUCUCGGCGGCCGAGGGGAGGUCCCCCGCGGAGGAGCAGCACGGCGAGCAGGAGUGGAGCUCCGGCCUGAGGGAGGAGCUCGCCCUGAGCGAGGAGGAGGAGCAGCCGCCGCACGCGCGGCAGAGGAGCAGGCAGAAGGAGGAGGACGCCGGCGGGAUGGACUUGUCCUGCGCGAUGGAGGCGGAGCCAGAGGCGGAGCUGGAGCCGCAGUCCGAGUGCGUGACGCCGGGACUGAAGAAGCUGGCGCUGGAAAUAGCCCUGUCGGUGGUCUCGCCGUCCGCCCUGAGCGUGAGCCAGGAGCUGAGCGCCAUGCGCGCGGCCGACGCCGACGCUGCCCCCAGGACGAGGUCGCUAGGCGACGCGGGGCUCGGGUCGCCCGCCCGCCUCAGGCCCGCCCAGGUCAAAACGGAGCCCGAGGAGGGGCUCGACUUCAAGCCCGAGUGGCCCUCCGAGCCGGGCCCCGGGGCCAAAGCCAAGCGGCACGCGCCCGAGUCGCUGUCGGAGGCGAGCGCGGGCAAAGCUUCCGGGGUCAGCGGGGCUGGGCUGGGACACACGGACGGGUCCGAGAUCAGGGGCGCUGGGGUGGGACAUACGGACGACUCCGAGAUUAGGGGCUCUGGGAUGGGACAUACGGACAACUUCGAGAUUAGGGGCUCUGGGACGGGACACACGGACGCGUCCGAGAUCAGGGGCGUUGGGGCGGGACAUACGGAAGGCCCGGAACCGCAGGAGGCGGGGGCCGGGCUCGACGACACCCAGAGCGACGGCUACUUCAUCGGCUACAGGGGGGAGAAGCAGCACCGCUGUUUCCAGUGCGGCAAGUUCUUCAGCCAGGUGUGCAACCUGAAGACCCACCUGCAGAUCCACACGGGCGAGCGGCCGUACGCCUGCACCUGGUGCGGCAAGUCCUUCACCCAGUCGGCCGACCUGCGGCGGCACCAGCGGAUCCACACGGGCGAGAAGCCGCACCGCUGCACCUGGUGCGAGAAGAGCUUCACCCAGAUCGGCAACCUCAAGCGUCACCUGCGCAUCCACACGGGGGAGCGGCCGUACUGCUGCGCCCUGUGCGGCAAGAGCUUCAACGACGGGGACACGCUCAAGAAGCACCGGCGGGUGCACACGGGGGAGCGGCCGUUCCGCUGCGCGCACUGCUCGAAGACCUUCACCGUGGCCAGCAGCCUGCAGAACCACCUCAGGAACCACCUGAAAGAGGGCCGACGCUAGGCUAGCGCUAGCGCUGAGGCUAGGACACUGCAGCUCGCCGGGAACCGUCUUCUUGGGCACGCGAUGCUUAAGUAACCGUGUUAUUUUUAUGAAGUGUGUCCGGGAAGCUGAACGGCGCGGAUAAGCCAAAUGUGGAAAUCGGGUGUCGAUGAAGGACAGUACCCGUUUGUGACUGAUUCCGUGGAGGUCAUUGUUUUCAUCAUGGUUGUGGGGGGGGGGAAAAAGAGAAUACAUUUCCUGCUGAAAGUG